AUGCAAAAAUACUCAAUUCUAACUGCUUUGUUAAUGUUGUAUGCAGCGCAAAAUGUUACAAGUAUCAAAUGUGCGGAGUGUGGUUAUUUACCUCAUUCAAGUAAUUCUGGUUUCAGAACAUGUCCAGUCAACUGCCAAGGAGAUAUUUGUUUCAUAGUAGUAAAUAAUUACUAUAAUGAAACGUUGGUAUCUGGAUGUGUGAAAGCUGAUAAUGAAACACGAAAUUUUUUCCGUGAUCAAGCUUACUGUUACAGAAAAAAAGAGUAUGUCAUAUGUGGCUGCACCACGUUAGAUCGUUGCAACAGUCCUCAGGCACCAUUCUCUAUGUUUACUUUUAUUUCCAAACCUUUUUUUGAGGAUUGCAUACUUAUACCUCAAUCUGGUUCGUUUUCUCUUCUCAAUUCAUGA